ACAUCAGUCCAAAGUGGUCGCAACUUAAAAAAACAUCGCUCGCUGUGGUACUGAAAAACAAUUCGAGACAGCAAAUUUAAAAAAAACACACUAGAAAAAACCUUCAGAGUUAAAUAAACCGAAUAAAAAAAAUUAAAUAAAUAUACUACGAAAUACAUUUACAUGUAUUAACGAAAAAAAUUAAGAGCAAAAAAGUUGUUUUUUUUUUAGUUAUUUUGUUUAAUAAAUAAAUUUGUUUACAUUUUGUUUAUAGUAUAGUGUAAACGCAUACUGCUUCACACACACACUACUACUUGUACGCCAAGAGCAGCAAAAAGUUUAAACUUCGAAAAUACAAAAACAGUAACGAAUAUUUGAAUUUUGUUGAACUCAACUUGCGAAGUUGAAUUUAGUAUUUGAAUUUAAUACCGUUUUGCAACGUUUUCGAGUUGGUCGUGUUUUUACAACUUGCUCUUCAAAUUAAAACAAUACAAAAAAAAAACUGUUCCGUGUUCGAAAAUCAAUUAAAACAAAACAUAAUAAAAAUAUAUUUAAAGAAAAUUUGAAAGCGGCUUUUUAAAAGAAAUUCAAUUUAAAACAAAACAACGUGAAAUAAAAUUUCCAAAACAAGUUUUAUAAAAAAUUCUAAUAAAUUAUAAAAAAACAAAAUAAAUUUUUCUUAAUAAUUUUUUAUUUUUGCAAACAAAAUCAAACGGAAAUGUAAAUCACUCGCCCCCAAUAUUACUUGAUAUUAAAACUCAAAUUUAUAGUUAAUAUAAAAGAAAUUUCGCCGUAAAAAGUUAUUAAAUAAAUUGAUACAUAAAAAGUGCUACAAAAUCUAAAUUAUUUAAACUAUUUAAAACAAUUAUAAAAUAAAUAAAUAAAUAAAUAAAAAAACAAAUUAAACCAAAAAUUCUAAUUUAAAAACAAAUAUUCAUACAACUUAAAGCUCUAAAGGAACACAACUCAUUUUUAAAAUUAUACUACUUUUACAAAAUAUAUAAUUUAUUUAAGAAUAAUAGCAAUUUAUUGUAAAUAAAACCAAAAAAACACACACAUACAAAAUGACUGGGUUUACCAAUGGAGGUUUUGAAAAUGAUGAACCUGUUAAGCCAAAAGCUGGUUACGAGCCAGACACAGCCUCACUCAGAGAGAAAGUUAUACUCAAUCCGGCUGAAAAAUGGCGUAUAUUGAAAAAUAUUAGCAUAAUUUCGUUUGCUUUUAUGGUACAAUUCACAGCGUUUCAGGGUACGGCAAAUUUACAGUCAUCUAUUAAUGCAGAAGAUGGUCUGGGUACCGUGUCACUUAGUGCCAUUUAUGCGGCUCUGGUGGUUUCCUGUAUAUUCCUGCCUACUUUAAUUAUUCGUAAAUUAACCGUUAAAUGGACCUUGGUAUUCAGUAUGCUGUGCUAUGCCCCCUACAUUGCCUUCCAAUUGUAUCCUAAAUUCUACACAUUGGUUCCUGCUGGUAUUCUAGUCGGUUUGGGUGCUGCUCCUAUGUGGGCCUCCAAAGCUACAUAUUUGACACAAGUCGGUCAAGUUUAUGCCAAAAUUACAGAACAGGCGGUGGAUGCUAUAAUUGUAAGAUUCUUUGGCUUCUUCUUUUUGGCCUGGCAAACAGCUGAAUUGUGGGGAAAUCUUAUUUCCAGUCUUGUGCUCUCUAGUGGUGCCCAUGGCAGCGGUGGCGGUGAUGCCAACAGUACAAUUUCCGAAGAAGAUCUCAAAUACUGUGGUGCCAAUUUCUGCGUUAAUGGCGGCGGCGGUCACACCAAUUUGGAACGUCCUCCAGAUCAUGAAAUCUUUGAAAUCUCCAUGAUCUACUUGUCUUGUAUUAUUGCUGCUGUGGCCAUUAUUGCCUUCUUCUUGGAUCCCCUUAAGCGUUAUGGUGAAAAACGUAAAGGUUCACAAUCGGCUCAGGAAUUGUCUGGCAUGGAAUUGUUGUCGGCCACUUUCCGUCAAAUGAAGAAACCCAAUCAACAAUUACUCAUUCCCAUUACCGUAUUCAUUGGCAUGGAACAGGCUUUCAUUGGUGCUGACUUUACACAGGCCUAUGUAUCCUGUGCCUUGGGUAUCCAUCAAAUUGGUUUCGUUAUGAUUUGCUUUGGUGUCGUUAAUGCCAUCUGUUCGAUAUUGUUUGGUUCCGUGAUGAAAUAUAUUGGCCGUACUCCCAUUAUUGUGUUGGGUGCUGUCGUGCAUUUCACUUUGAUCACCGUAGAGUUGUUCUGGCGUCCAAGUCCCGACAACCCUUUGAUCUUCUAUGCCAUGUCCGGUCUCUGGGGUGUGGGUGAUGCUGUAUGGCAGACACAAAUCAACGGCUUAUAUGGUCUGUUGUUCAGACGCAACAAGGAAGCUGCCUUCUCCAAUUAUCGUCUCUGGGAAUCGGCAGGCUUUGUGAUCGCUUAUGCCUAUGCCACCACAUUGUGUGCACGCAUGAAGCUUUACAUUCUAUUGGCUGUUUUGACUUUGGGUUGCAUUGGCUAUGUCAUUGUGGAAAUUCUCUACAGAAAGAAGCAACGUAAGGUCAAGAAGCAAGAAAAGGCUGAACUUGCUGAAAAAGAGAAAGAAGCUGCUGCUAAAGCUGCUGCCGAGGCUAAUGUCAAUGGCACACCAGAGGUUGAAGAAACCGAUGAUGAAUUGGAUGAUCUCGAAGAAGAUAUUGUAGUCACACAUUUCUAAACAAAUAACAUUUCAUUAAAACACACACACACGCCCCCUAACAAAUCUAUUGUUGAAAAAAGCUGUUUAAAGCUUUUGUUAUAACAAACAAGUUACCUAUAAUACAAUAUUGACAAGAUCAAAGCUUUCAUAGGCUUAAAGCUUUGUUUUUAGUAAAGUUGUAUUAUUACAAAAUUUUCAUUAACAUUUUUUUUGUUUUUUUCAUAAAAAUCUAAUGAAAAUUUAAGAAAAAAAAGUUUCGAAAAUUGUAUAUAAGGAGUGAGAUCGAAAAAUUCUUAACAUACAUAUAUGUUUAUAAAAAAGAAACCACUAAACUUACAGCUUUAAUUUUUUUUUUAUUUGAUUGAAAUUAUUAUUACAAUUUACAAAAAAAAUUAUUUUUAUAGUUUUAAUCACUAGUGAUGAAAUUUUGAACCUUUUUCGGAAACCCUUCCAUUAACGUUUUUAUAGUGCUUUCUGUCACUUUGCUCGAACAUGUAGUCCAUCUCCGUUUAAAAUCUACCACACUUUUGGACACCUUUUUUGUACUCUUCAAUUCUCUUUUAACAAGAGCCCAAUAUCUCUCCACUGGCCUUAGCUCCGGGCAGUUUGGAGGAUUUGCCUCUCUUGGUACAAAUACCACAUUAUUGUUCUUGUACCACUCAAGGGCUUGUUUGCCAUAGUGACAGGAUGCCAAGUCAGGCCAAAAAUAAGUGGACACAUUAUGAAGUCUUAUGAAUGGAAGCAGCCUUUUUUGUAAACAUUCCUUGAUGUAAAUUUCGGUAUUUAUAGAGCCCGUUGUAACAAAUGAGUGGCUUCUUUUGCCGCAACUGCAUAUUGCUUGCCAUACCAAGAACUUUCUGGGAAAUUUUGUCUGCUUUUGGGUCCUAAACUUUUCUUCAACAUUCCCUCGAGCAUCAGCAACAUAAAAUUUUUGACCUGGAAGUUGCGAAAAAUCUGCCAGAACAUACGUUUCGUCAUCCAUUAUGCAGCAAGAAUAUUUUUUUAUAAAACUUGACUUCAAUUUCCGUGCUCUGUUUUUGGCCUCUAAAUUUUUAGUAGCGUUCCUGUCAGGAACUUUUUGAGCCUUGUAUGUUUUUAAACCUGCAUUAGCUUUAACUUUUCGUACCAAAUAGUCCGAGCACUGAGCUAACCGGGCUGCUUUCCUACCGGAUGUGUUGGGAGCUCUUUUGAAAAUGCGUUCUAUUUUGUUGGCUUUAGAAACAUCAUGUGGACCAUUCCUUCUACCUGAACCAGGUUUUCUAUCAACUGACAAGUUCUCCCGGUACUGUUUAAUAACAUUGGAAACAGUUUGACGGCAGACCUUUGUAUGCUUGGCCAACUUUUUGUAAGACCAAGUUGGGUUUUGUUGAAAAUAUUUAAUAAUUUCAGUACGCACUUUUUUCUGGUCACUCAUUUUAAUCAGAUUAACAAAAAAAUUAAUAUAAUUGACAUUACACAUAAUAACUGACAUGUUUUUCAAAGGUAACUUGAUCAAAAAAAAAUUCAAAUAAUACUUGGGUUAAAAAAUGUAAUGGAAAACGUGUGUUAAGAAUUUUUCGAUCUCACUCCUUAAACUAAAAAAUCUGAAUGAAACCAGAAACUUUUGUUAAAUAUUACUUAAGAACUAACACGAAAAUGAAAAAACAGCAAUGUUACCACAUGAAUGUGAACACUUGUCUGUCCAUUAGGAAAAAGUUUCCAAAUGUUUCCAGAAACAACAAACACAAAAAUUAAAUGUAGUGAAAAUAGUAAAAAA